AUGUCCUCUGCGUCAUCUUCACCGGCUUCGGAGGUGAAGGCCUCGUUGCCGAAAUUUGACGGCCCCCUCCUCUGCCCUUCUGGUACCUCGGAUGUCGCCCGCAGACAAGCGUGGCUUGCUAGUAGUGCUGCCAAGGAGACCAUCGUCCAUGGACCCCCGGACGUUGGCCACUUGCUCGCGGCCAAGGAUGGCAUCGGCACGAAGUCGUCCUGGUUCGUGCUUAGGGAACGCGACGACUCGGCCCCCGGCCGAGUUGAGCGUUAG